CCUUCCUUUCGACGCCUGGACCAACCAUAUGGCCUCUAGCAGACAGCUUUAUGGUGACUGUCUUCCUGAUCAAGUUGACCGAAUUUCCGCAAACCUUGACGCUCAUAUCCAACUGGUAGCCGAUGUUCGAGAAUUAUACAAGGAUCGGGUGGCUCUUGAACGAGACUUCGCCACGAAGUUACAAGCCUUGGCCAAGAAAUCCGCGGAAAAGAAGGUCAAGAUGGAAUCUGUACUUGUGCUAGGGGAUGACCCUACAACGGCUUGGGGUGAAUCAACAUUGAAGCAGAGUACACUAAACUUCGCGUUCGAUUCGAUCAUAAAUUCAAUGGCCAAUGCAGCCCAAGAUCAUAAUAAUAUCGCAGACACCCUUACGACUCAAGUGGUUGAGGCACUCAAAACCGUAGAACGCAAAAACGAGAACAUUCAGAAGACGGAAGGCCAAUUUUAUCAAAAACUAAUUUCAGACAGAGAUCGUAGCUACUCUGAGCGUCUCAAGACGAAACAGAAAUACGACGAAGAAUGUGGGGAAGUCGAGGGCAAUCGACAGAGGCAGAGUCGUGCCAACGAUGACAAGCAUGCGGAACGGGUUGCGCGCCAAUCUGAACAACAACGAGUCGAUAUGCUGAACAGCAAAAAUGCGUACAUCAUCGCCACCGCUAUAGCGAACAAGACCAAGAGCAAAUUCUUCGACACAGAUCUGGUCCAUCUAGAGAAUCAACUUCAGGCUGUUCAAACGCGUCUUGUUAACAAAUUUGCGAAGAUUUUGCUUCAUGCGCAAGCCUUGCAGAUCAGUCACCUCGACGUUUUGAAGAAUCGGUUGGCUGAAAAUGAGGCGAGGCUUAAUGAGGUCAACCCUUCCAAAGACCAAGAUCUGUACAUCGAAUACAAUAUUAGGCCUUUUAGCGCUCCCAGCGACUGGAAGUUCGAGCCUUGCGCGACCUUCUACGACAACGAGGAGAUGAGUGUCGAGCCGGAUGCCAAGACUGUCUUGCAGAACCGACUUAGACGAAGCCGUGGCAAGUUGCAAGAAUUGAUGCCAGUGAUAGAAACCAAACAGCGUGAAUAUGAACAGCUGGAGAAGCUUGCCGUAGCCUAUGAUGGAGAUCAUUCCCUGGGGAAUAUCGAGGAUAUAUCCGAUAAAUAUUUAGAGACCGAUCACAACAUGACGUUUUUCAGAACAUCUGAAUGCAUACUCAAUGCCGAGAUAGAUGCUAUCGUUAAAGCCAUUGGAGACGAUGUGGGUGCCCAACAACCCCAUAAUUUCAAAAGCUCUUCCUUCUCAAUUCCAACUACGUGCGGAUACUGCAAAACGUCGAUCUGGGGGCUCAGCAAACAAGGAAAGACAUGCAAAGUUUGCAAUCUUUCUGUUCACGCCAAAUGCGAGCUCAAGGUUCCAGCCGAUUGUCAGCGAGGGGGAGGGGUCAGUCGCCAUGCUUCUCGACUGUCAACGUCAACUAGCAGUGCCAGUCGAAUGAGCGUCACCGGUACUAGUAUUCCAACACAACUAGUCACCCCAACUGCGUCGUCUUUUGUGCACGCCGUGUCUAAAGAGGAAGAGCAUUAUUCGACGGCAAAGGUCUUGUUCGAUUUUACUGCUACCUCCGAAUUUGAAUUAUCUGUCUCAGAGGGAUCUACUGUCACUGUCAUUGAACACGAUGACGGUUCUGGAUGGGUCAAAGUCAAGGAUGGCAGUGGCGAUGGGCUUGUCCCCGCUUCGUAUCUUCAACAUGGAACUGGCCCAGCGUCAAGUUCGAAUGAACAAGGAUCUGGCCAAUAUGUCAAGGCUAUCUAUGCAUAUGAAGCGCGGGGCUCCGACGAGCUUGGUUUGAAGGACGGAGAGUUGAUUGAGUUAUCAAGCGGUCCAUCAGGUGGUCAGUAUUACGGAGAGGGCUGGUGGGAAGGCGAGUUCCCCGCAAAUGCAUGCUUUCCGCGCGCGCUGGCUCGCUCACUCAGCAUUGGAUCCAGGUAUCGAUUCGUUGGGACAAAAGGGUAUAUUCCCUAG